UAAAAAAGAAGAAGAAAAUUUGACGUGAUUAUAUAAGUAAACGUAUAUGUUUAUAUAAAUAAAUGUGAUAAAAUGUCUGUAAAUAUUCGAAGACAAGUAUUAAAAACGUUUAAAGAAUUACAUAAAACUAGAAAAACAGUAUUCCAAGGUGAUUUAACCGCUUUAAGUGAAGCUAGGAAAAGAAUAAACGAAGAAUACAAAAAAUGUAAACACGUUACGGAUCUCAAAGCUAUAGAAGAAUUGAUAAAAUAUUCUCAAGAUGUAGAAAGAGAAUUGAGGACAACAGUGAUACAAGCUAGAGAAGUUAAACCUGGAAUUUAUGAAGCUAAAAUAACAAAAGAUACAGUGAAAUUAGACAAUAUACCUUUCAGUGAAUGUGCUAGUAAACAAAAAGGUUAAAAAAAGGAUUUUGGAUUAAUAAAUACAGACUGGAUUGUUAGGUAUUGUGUUAUUGUGAUUAUAAUUAGAAAAUAAAUCAUUUUUUAUCAA